AUGCAGUACGUCUCCUUUCCAGAUGCGUCGGCGGCGACCCUCAAAGUCGCUAACCCCCUCUCGCCAGCGCAUGACCUGCCGCCCGAGGCCAAAGCAGAGGAGGAGGAGGAGGACGGCGGCCUUCUCAGCAACAACCAGUCCAGCACCUCCCUCCACCCUGUCGAGUGCACUGCGGGGCUCACAAGUGAACAAAGUGGCUACUGGGUGAGGUCGGCGAGUCUGGGAAUGCUCGACAGCCCAAAGGACCAGCACGGCACUGUUUGCGGCGCUUCUCUCGCAACUGCCAAGCCGAUGUACACGGAGGUGAACCAGCCGCAGCUGAUAUCGCAGUUGGCAGGCGGCAUCUCGUUAACAGAGGAGAACUGGUGUGCGAGCGUGCUCAUUGCUGAAAAUAACCUUGCGGUGCGGGAUGGGGGCCCACGACAAGCUGUUGCCAAGGUUGCUCGCAUUACAUCUUGCUCACCUCGCUCGCACCUCAAAUCGAACUCGAAAAUCCUCUCACCGGCUUCCCUCUCGGCUCCCGAGGGGCGGCGACGCGAGAACAAAACAGAGGAGUUUUUUCGACUCGCUCACGAGCUCAAAAAGCAACGCCUUCGACUGUGCGAACAGCAGCCACAACAACGGCGACAGCAGCCAGCGAAACGGUACCGCGGUGCUGCGAAGCUACACACGUAUCUGCUCGGGGACAGCUGCAGAACCGCGCUCCCGGGGUCUGUCGAGAUUUUCGCACCGGCGUCCGCGAAGGGCUCUCUGUGGACAGACCAUGAUGGCGAUGAGGACGCUGUGGCAGCGUUUUACAGCUCACCAAUGCAGCCGUCAGUGAACGCUUCACAAGGCUCUGGCAUACUGUCCGCGAUGCCAGUGCUCCAUCACGAGACGCCGCUGCAAAAAAAUGUGAUGCCGCUGUUUCUCCGCCAGACGCAGCCGCUGCCUCAAACGACACCGCAGAAGGUCGAUGGCCAUGGCGGCAGUCGGCAGAAGCUGCAGGCGCUGUUGCCGACGUUCCCGAUACGGCACGCUUGGGAGGUUGAGGGACUCGACUACUCCUCCCCGACGACCCAGCUGUGCAGGGGUGCGCACAGCCGUGACAGCGAUGACAGUGACAGUGACAGCAGCAGCACCAGUGGCUUCGAAUCGUUACCGAGUAAGCAGAGCGGAAGGAUGGGUGUCUUCCCUGCCCUGGACUUCCCACAUGUACGCUCUCCAGAUUGGGCUAUUUUGAACUCGAUGGAGUGCGACGCCUCGGAGUCGUGGUUGUCAAUGCAGUACACGUCAGAAGUGGCAGCUGAGGGCAAUCAAGCUUUCGUCUUUACCGAUGUUGAUCACAACGUUGUACCGUUGGAAGUGGUGCCACCUCUGCCGGAGACAACGAUGUUGCCCAUCAAGAGUGAUGUCCACAACCCCGACUACCGCCUAAUGCAGGCUGCUGCUCCUGCGCUUUCGCCCAAUCGACCUCCUGUUUCGGUGAGCGUACCCACUACCCGUACCGGACGAGUUCCACUGUGGGGCUCCCCUCCACCCGCGGCAGCGGCGACUCCGAACCCGAGAGCCUGCAAAGGGCUCAUCACCUCCACCCUGUGCUUCACCAAGGGCUCCCGCUUCACCUUCUCGGCCUACUCGUCUUCAGCGCACUCGUCAGGCUCGCCCACGUCUCCCAACCCCUCCUUAUUGAAUUCGAAGAGUCGCCACGAUAACUCCACCGUCCGCCCUCUCCAGCGCCAGCGAAAGCAGGGCUCUUCACGAGUGCCUCGCGGCGAUGAGGCUGCGCGGAGCGAUGUAAGUACCGACAGCACGCUUAUUGGCGGCGCUCAGGGGCACACAAACACGUUCGCCGCAGCCCCUGCGGCACUGCUGCCGUGCAAGGCGUUCAUGCAGCGCUUCUAUGAUCGCUUCUCCACUUUGAAGAAGUUGUUUCACGUGAAGCCUCUGGAGUAG